AUGUACGCCUUUGUGCGGUUCCUGGAGGACAACGUCUGCUACGCGCUGCCCGUGUCGUGCGUGCGCGACUUCAGCCCCCGCUCGCGGCUGGAUUUUGACAACCAGAAGGUGUACGCCGUGUACCGCGGCCCGGAGGAGCUGGGCGCCGGGCCCCAGAGCCCCCCGCGCGCCCCCCGCGAUUGGGGCGCGCUCCUGCUCCACAAGGCCCAGAUCCUGGCGCUGGCAGAAGACAAAUCUGACCUUGAAAACAGUGUGAUGCAGAAGAAAAUUAAAAUCCCCAAACUUUCUCUCAAUCACGAAGAAGAUGGGGAAAUUAAAGACUAUGGGGAAGAAGAUUCACAGCUCAGACACAUCAAGAGGCCUGAGGGGCGGAAGCCAAGUGAGGGGCCGCACAAGAGCAUCGAGGCAGUGGUGGCCCGGCUGGAGAAGCAGAACGGCCUGAGCCUGGGCCACAGCACGUGUCUCGAAGAAGUCUUCGUGGAGACCUCCCCGGGCACGGACGACAUGGACAGUCUGGAGGAGGCCGUCGUGCCCCGGGCCCUGUACGAGGAGCUGCUGCGCAGCUACCAGCAGCAGCAGGAGGAGAUGCGGCACCUCCAGCAGGAGCUGGAGCGGACUCGGAGGCAGCUGGUCCAGCAGGCCAAGAAGCUCAAGGAGUACGGGGCACUUGUGUCCGAAAUGAAAGAGCUCCGAGACCUCAAUCGGCGGCUCCAAGACGUGCUGCUCCUACGGCUUGGCAGCGGUCCCGCCAUUGACUUGGAAAAAGUAAAGUCAGAAUGUCUCGAGCCCGAGCCGGAGUUACGGAGCACUUUCAGUGAGGAAGCAAAUACGUCGUCCUAUUACCCUGCUCCUGCACCUGUCAUGGACAAGUAUAUCCUAGACAAUGGCAAGGUCCAUCUGGGAAGCGGGAUUUGGGUUGAUGAAGAGAAAUGGCACCAGCUACAAGUAACCCAAGGGGAUUCCAAGUACACGAAGAACCUGGCCGUCAUGAUUUGGGGAACAGAUGUUCUGAAGAACAGAAGCGUCACAGGAGUUGCCACCAAAAAAAAGAAGGAUGCAGUCCCGAAGCCACCCCUCUCACCUCACAAACUGAGCAUUGUCAGAGAGUGUUUGUACGACAGAAUAGCACAAGAAACAGUGGAUGAAACAGAAAUUGCACAGAGACUCUCCAAAGUCAACAAGUACAUCUGUGAAAAAAUCAUGGAUAUCAAUAAAUCCUGUAAAAAUGAAGAACGAAGGGAAGCGAAAUACAAUUUGCAAUAAACUUUGGAUUUUUCUAAAAGCCUAUGCGUUUUCCUUGCGUAACGUGUGAUUUACGGGCAGUGGUAACGUCCGAACCAGAGCCUGCCUUGCGUGGUCAGGUGUGGGCAGAGCGCAAGCAGAGUUCUGGGGACAGCGGCUUGUUCUGACCUUGGACUUCAUACGCCAAAGAAGCCAGAUGGAUUUGCUAAGACUCAAGCCACAACCAGAUGCCAGUGUCGUUAUGGGGAUGGGAAAAAAGCAAAAACAAAAACUUCACUAAGGGGGCAAAGUGUUGCAGUCGCCUAUCACUUGACCAGGAAAUUGAACUGAAAUGUUCACCAUUCAAGGACUUCUAUCUCUGUUAUCUAUUUUGUUCUAUAAUAAAACUUCAUUAAUUGUU